CUGUGCUUGUAGAGAGGAAGUGCCUGCUAUACUGAGGAAGGAUCAAAACAGCAACAUUUGGUAGCUGUUUAUACAGACAAAUUCAGGUGUAUUUCGAAGGCGAAAGGCUUCGAGAAGCCUGGGAUUUCUCUUCAACUUCUGAUACAAAAGCUGGGAUGAAUAAUUUUGUAUGUAAUUUCAGUUUAUUUAAUGGCAGGUAUUGGAAAUUUCACAGUAAAAAGGAAGACAUUUUUAUCAGACAUAUAAGUGCCUUAAGCCCUCGGCAAAGAUCUUUACAUAAUCCGUAAACUAUUAGUGCAUUAUUGAAUGUAAGGUUAGUGUUUGAAAUCGGUUACUUUUGGUGUUGAAUGAUAUUGAGUAAGCACUACAUAAACCGAACUGUUUUGCGCGCGCGAGCUGAGGAUCUCCACGGCCCGUAGUCCAAGAUCGGAAAGAUUUCAUUGCAAAGCAAGCUUUUUAUUGCUGUUUAGCAAGAUAACUAGUUUAACUAGUUAGUUGUAAAAUGUAGUCAGCUGGAUAAGCCUGAAACGUUUGACUGAGUCACUAUUUUCUGGUGCAGUGCAUAAAGCUAAUUGUUAUGUAUAUUAGCUAAAUUAGUCCGACCGUUGUUCAUUUGCUAUAUUGUGUGUACGAAUUACUGUACACAGACAAUUAAUUUUUCGGAAUUGACCUGGCGGGUAGAUGUACUGUUGUGUCCAAGCACCGUGGCUAUAGUCAGGUAAUGAGUUUGUACUCACUGAAAUAUUAAUAUUUUGCGUAACAAUAAAAUAAAUAAUAAAGAUGAAACUCCUGGAAAAUUCAAGUUUUGAAGCCAUAAACACAAGACUCACCAUUGAAACGGGGGACUGUCAGAUAAUAGGAAGGAUUGAAAGCUACUCAUGCAAAAUGGCAGGAGAGGACAAGCAGAUGUUCAAGCAGUUCUGUCAGGAGGGACUGCCUCAUGUCCUGGAAGCCCUGUCCCCUCCACAGACUUCGGGAAUCAGCCCCAACAAGUUGAGUCAGAGUGGAGACGAGGGAGAAGGGCCUCUCUCUGAUAAGUGCAGCCGGAAGACUCUCUUCUACCUUAUCGCCACCCUCAAUGAGUCCUUCCGCCCCGACUACGACUUCAGCCGCACCAAAAGCCAUGACUUCAGCAGAGAGCCCAGCCUUAACUGGGUUUUCAAUGCGGUGAACAGCAGUCUGUCAGCGGCGGUUGGGGAGGAGUACAGUCGGCUACAGCCCCAGUUGUGGGAGGCUAUCGGCUCAGAGAUCUGCCUUUCGGAAUGUGACAUCUACAGCUAUAACCCAGACCUGGAUUCUGACCCGUACGGAGAGGAGGGCAACAUGUGGUCCUUCAACUACUUCUUCUAUAACAAGAGGAUGAAGAGGAUUGUCUUUUUCACAUGCCGCUCAGUCAGCUUAUUUAUGGCCCCGCGGGACUCUGGCAUUGGCAACGAACUGGAUCUGGAGCUGGAUGAAGAUUGCUAUGAUGAGAAAAUGGAUGAUGAGAGUUGAGAGGGGCACAGGCAUAAUCUUUGCAUUUCUUCAAAUUUUUACCCUUAAAAUCUGAAAUGUGGUUGGAUAUCUGUUACUUAUGUUGAGUUUGGACAUAUUGCAUUGUUUUUCCAUCACUAUGAUCUCUAGCUACCUUUCUUUUUGUGUGUGUUUUUGGUUUGACUUUGUGUUAUAAAAAGCUCUUUGUGUUAUAAAAAGCUCUUUGUGUUAUAAAAAGCUCUUUGUGUUAUAACUUGUUUGCUUUAUUUAAGCAACUUUAUAAAUUUGUAUGGUCAUGUUCUGUUUUAUUUUUUUGGUUUUACCAUUCCAAAGUGCUGUUCUUACCAACUUAACACUCUAGGGUUCUCAGACUGCAUGCUUGAGGGCAAUUUUGAACACCAGGGGGCAGACUUAACUGUAGCUACAUUCAUGAAACUCCUGUUUGCCAAUGGCCAAAACAAUACUGUUGCUUCAAUCUCAGCUGAUGGAUAAGUCAUAUACCAACUUGAAUCAUUCUGCCUCUUGGGUAGGUUCUACCUUCAAUAUCAAUGCUUGUCAAACUGAUUACUUGUGUUUUAUAAGACAGUAAAUACUAUUUUGCUACAUCUGUGUUCCAAAUGAAUGUUAAUACUCAACUCUAUUAUGUUUUUGGGACCUGUGUAAUUCUCACACCAAAUACAAACACUUCUUGUAGAGUGUAAUUUUUAAACCUAAUUUACAUAUCUUGUACUUUCAUAUAACUUUUAAGGAAUUACUUUAGUUCAAUCCAUUUUUAUUUUAUGAUGAUUGGAUGGGCUUAGUUACAGGUCUCUGAAAAUUGCUUUCCCACUUUGUGUUUUUCUAUACUUUCAUUUUAGACCUAGUUUCAAGACAAUAUCUAGAGUCUUUAUAUACUUCAUUCUUCUAAAACUCCCAGUAGAGGUCAGUCAUUCCACUCGUAGAAAUGUUAUUAUCAGUUUAGCAUGAUGGGAAUGUACUUGAUGUACAGUAAUGGAUUUGUAACUAAUGGGGCAACUCAAGGCAGGAGAUUUGGGCUCAGGCAGUAUAGUGUGAAUGGUUGGUUAGCUGGUUUUAGAUUGCCUUCAGCCUGUAUCAGUAUUGCAUUGUCAUAUUGACUACUGGCUGGACAGCGUUACUCUGUGGCAUGCGGCUUGCUCUUUCCUGUUUUAAGUCAAAUGUGAAAUAGACUCAAUAUUUGUACAAAAUGGUAUGAAGAUUCAUAAUUUGUACAGUAUGGUAGAAAGACUUGGUAAUGUGAAGUUGCAUCCAGCCCUUCUAUGGGCUGUAAUGUGUGGUUAUGUAUAUGUAUGUAUAUAUAUAUAUAUAUAUCUGCCUUUAGUGUAGAACAUGCUUCCUGGAGAUGUUGUUAGAUGUUGAUACAAGAAACAAAUUUGAAGUCCUGAAUUUAUUUCCGUAUUGGUUUUAAAUAUCAACAACAUCCAGUGAUCAGUAUAUCGGCUUAAGACAAGCACAUAGAUAUGGCUACAGUACACACUUCCUUGAUUGUCUUUGAUUGUUUCUACUGAACCAGCUGUUAGACAUAUAUACAACACUGUUGAUUUAUGUCAUGUCCAAUGUAACCCAUAUGUAAGAACAAGGUGGUUGUCAAGGUAUCAUAAUGUAAAGGCUUUUUUUGUCUCAGACUUUUUUUGUCUCAGCAAUGUGGCCCAAUAAAUACUAAGAAACAAGCUUCCAACUAACUUUUUUAUUAGCAGGACUAGAUUUCUCUCAUUGUGUCAUUAUUAUUCCGACAACUUCCAUUAAUUCUAAAGCCUAAACAAUAAAAGAUAAUACAAACCAACUCUUCAAUAUUUAGACUACUCUGACACGUGUUGCUGAGAAGGUGGUUUUGUUGGAUUUGAUAAAGCAUUUCAAUGGGGAAAUGCUACUUGAAUUGGGCCAAAACCAAACAAUCUGGACAUUCCUCCUAUCUUGUUCAAGCGAUAAACUCCUAUCCAAUUUGAUGUUUUUGAACCAUUCAAGCUAGAGAGAUUAAACCCGUUUUUUUGCACAUGGUUAGGUUAUCACAAUGUAUAAUGCCUGAAUGUUUAUUAACGAUAUAUAUUAAUUUGCUUAAUUUUCAUAUUAAGCAUUCAUUAAUGCUAAAAUACUAUCUCUGGUAGCGUUCACGCUAAAGAGAUCAAACCAAUGUUGUUUUAUAAGAUUUUACUAACCCAAUGUAAAAUAUUUAAGUCAAUCAAAUUUUCAAUCAAAUUUAUUUAUAAAGCCCUUUGUGACAACUGCUGUUGUAUAAAGUGCUUUACAGAGACACCCGGCCUUAAACCCCAAGGAGCAAACAACAGUAGUGUUGGAUUACAGUUUAAGUAUUGACUAUGACUAUAUUAACAAGCUUAUUUUGCAUAAGUUGCAUUCAUUCUAAAUCAAUAUCUCUUGAACCGUUCAAGCUAAGGACACCACAACCACUUUGUCUCAAAUGUUUAAGCUACCCAGCUUAAAUACAUAUUAAGACAUUGACUGACUAUAUUCCAUAUAACUUUUUAAAUGUAAACAUGCUGACAAGCACAAUGCAUUUUCUGAUUUAGUGAUUUGUCCGUGAUAAGGUUAAAUCAGAAAGACGCUCCCACUGACAGCUAAAAUGUCAUACAUGUGAUUUUGUUUCACAAAACCUGUAUCCUCUGGUUUGUCAAUUCAUGUAAAUAAAGGUAUUGAAUAAAACA